CGGAACUGCGGAGCACCGCUGUGAGGAGCGCCGGAAAGCCAAAAACGCUACACCCGGAAGCGUCUUAGGCGAGUAGGAGCCGUGCCGCCCAGGCCUCAAAAUUAUGGGCCGCAACAAGAAGAAGAAGAGAGAUAAUGACAGCCGGCGGCCGCGGCUCAUCCUCAGUUUUGACGAGGAGAAACGGCGGGAGUACCUGACAGGCUUCCAUAAGCGGAAGGUGGAGCGGAAGAAGGCAGCCAUUGAGGAGAUCAAGCAACGGCUCAAGGAGGAGCAGAAGAAGCUCCGUGAGGAGCGCCACCAAGAAUAUUUGAAGAUGCUGGCAGAGAGAGAGGAGGCUCUGGAGGAGGCAGAUGAACUAGACCGGCUGGUGACAGCAAAGACGGAGUCAGUGCAGUAUGACCACCCUAACCACACAGUCACCGUGACCACCAUCAGCGACCUGGACCUGUCGGGGGCCCGGCUGCUCGGACUGUUGCCGCCUGAGCAAGAAGCUGGGUAUGGAUCUGAGGAGGAGGCAUCAUCCAUGGAGAAGCCAACCAAAGCCUUACCCAGGAAGUCCAGAGAUCCUCUGCUAUCCCAGCGGAUCUCCUCUCUCACAGCUUCACUUCAUGCACACAGUCGCAAAAAGGUCAAGAGGAAACAUCCCCGCCAGGCCCAGGACUCCACCAAGAAGCCCCCGAGUGCCACUCGUACCAGCAAGACCCAGCGUCGUCGGCUGACCGGCAAAUCCCAGCACAGCAGAGAGUGAGCCUGAGAACCAGGCCAGGGCCCAGCCUGGGCUGAAGAAACCUGUCCUGUCUCUGCUUGGCUGUCCCCGUAACCCAACCUGCAUCGAGAUGGUGACUCCAGAGCCCAAAGUUGGGAGACCAGCACCUCUCCGGCCUGGGGCUUGAACCCCAGAAGGAGCAGGCAGCUAAGAAGUGGCCUCCCUCAGGAAGAGCCUUCCAGGCCAGAUUUAGAGCAUCUUCCCAAACGUAUAUCCCACUGGGCCCUCAUUAGAUUUGUAAAAUUAA